UUUUGACCUGCAGCCGAUAUUCGUUGGUACGGGUACGGGAUUUUAAUCAUUCCGGAAUAAUGGAUUACUCUUCAUAAAGAAGAUUUGCCGGGAUUUUCCAAUUAUCCGCAAAAUUGAAAAUAUGGUUCAAGUCGUCGUAAAGCUUCCAGGGGCAAAGAAUGGUGAAACAAAGGAAUGGGCCAUGAUUGAACUACAAGGUACAUUGGAGACCCGACAUCCUGUUCCGCUCAGUGGACGGUUUAUUGGUGAUCUUCAUUUUACACAUAAGGAUGUGCCUGUACUCAUUAUUGGACAUCAUAUAUUAUACGGGAAAGUAGUGACUCUUGAAAAACCAUAUGGUAUCAUGGUCAAGGAAUCGUCAGAUGAAGAGACCGGCGGCCCUCCUACCUACAACAUAACAGCUGUUAUAAAAAAGAAACUGUUAUUCAAAACACGGCCAAAACCUAUUAUAGCAAAUGUUCCGAAGAAAAUUUGAACUCUUCUGACUGUAUACGUAGGGAUUUAUAUUAUGUAUGUGUGCAGAGGCUGUAGAAAGUGGACAUUUUCUUACAUAUCAGACUGGUGUUUCUGUUAAUUUUGCAUAUGUCUGAAAUUUCAUCAAUGCACUUGUAAAAUCAUACUCUUCUGGACUAUAUAUAACAAAGUAAAGGAUGAAUUGAGGUUUAUUUCAUUGAGAUAGAUUAAAACAUGUUUUCUGCUUUGAAAGUUGUUGAUUCUGGACAGCAUCUUUAUUCUUUUUAAGGAAAAUAUUGAAUAUUUUUUAGACUUGUUUUCCAAAUGUUUCUUUUAUUUAUUUUAUGUAAUAUUAUAUUUGUAUAACAGGGCUAGGAAUGAAAAUAUGUGAAUGGGGAAAUCUGAAACACUACCUGGAACAGUUUGAGUAAAACACAUGGCACACUGGUGUUGAUUAAAACUGUUGGUUACUAGUAUUUGCUAUAUUUUAUUAUAUUUAUACCAAUCAAUUUUUUUUUUAACCAUUUAUUUUAAAGUUUUUUUCGUUCAUUUUCUUUAUGUUAUGUACCGAUUGCUAUUCUGAAUUACAGUUGUUCCCCUUUGACUUGCAUCACUACUAUGUAUGUAAGAAUGCCAAAGGUUUUCAUUUCAUUUAAAACAUAUAUAGUGAAUACAUGUGAAGAAUUUAAUCAUGUAGAAAAAAAUUAUAUUGUUUUGAUUUAUUAUGCAGCAUUCUCAAUAUGUUCAAAUUUUUAAAUGAAAAAAAUGUAACAAAUAGUUGAUCAUAACUGAAUAUGUGCAGAAUCAGGUACGUAUAUUAAUAUACGUACCUGGCAGAAUCUAUACAUCACAAGUUUAUAACCUGCUAAAUUUGUGUAAUGGAUUUUGCCUAGCUUUAAAUUUAGAAAAGUCCUGAUUUCAAUAUCAAAAUACACCAUGUACAAAAAUUUGAGCUGCUUACAGACUGCACUGCACGGAUAAAAAAAAUCUGCAUAUGUUGGAAUGUUGUUUAAUUAUUGUUAUAAUUGACAGGAAACAAGUUGAAAGCUCUCUUGAAUUUUGACACUUUGCACUUAGAUAACUGUCUCCAAAACCGUUUGAUCCACCUUUUCCGCUAUAAUGUUUAAUGUUUAUUUUUUGUCAUUCAUUUCUUUUCUUUAUUUCUUAAAGGAAGCUUUGUCUCAAAUAUGGUUUAAGUAAUAAUUUUCAUUAAACAGAUUUCAUACAUGUAAACUUGGAUGACUUUUUUUUGU